GGUCUUUUCUCUUUCAAGGUAAACCAGCAACUGUCUCAUAAACAGGGAAACACAAUCUCUGUGUAUCUGGUCUUUUUUUUAUAUAGUUCAGCAGUUCGGGACGAAUACAUGUACUGUUACACCCCUAGUAGAUGUCAUAUUAGUUAGUGUUCUUUUAUCACAGUGUCCCAAUAAAGUGAACACGGGUGAACUUUAAACAGUUUUACUACUUCAAGCAUUAAGCUUUUUUUUUUUUUUUUUUUUUUUGGACAAAUUAGUCAGAGAUGAACGUAGCAGUGGGGUGGGGCAGAGAACUCUAGAUAAAUGCAGUGGUACUCACUUUACUUUCCAUUAGAAAGCUGACAGUCGAGGAAACAGCAGUCAGAUCAUAGAUGACAAUAAUAAUUAUGAAGUUUAACACAGCUUUGAGUGUUGCUGGAAUCAUACUUCUCUACAUAGCAGGUUCCGUCGGCCAGUUAGAUGUAUGUGGUCGAGCUCCUCUCAGCAGCAGGAUUGUUGGAGGGGAGAAUGCGACAGCAGGGUCUUGGCCGUGGCAAGUCAGCAUUCAUGUCAUCGGCUUUGGCCAUAACUGUGGCGGGACUCUGAUCACUAAAGACUGGGUUUUAUCUGCAGCUCACUGCUUCGAGAAUUUUGGUGUGUCUGACACACUGAUGUACUUCGGCCGUCUGAACCAAUCCGGCUCAAACCCUAAUGAGACAUCCAGGACAGCGAGUCGAAUCAUCACCCAUCCUAACUAUAACGGUUCUACUAUUGACAAUGACAUAGCACUGAUCGAGCUGUCCUCUUCUGUGAAUUUCUCUGAUUACAUUAGGCCGGUCUGUCUGGCGGCGGCUGGUAGUGUAUUUGAUGCAGGUACAGAGAGCUGGGUCACUGGAUGGGGCAGGCUACAAUCUGGAGGCCAGGUUCCAGAUACACUGCAGGAGGUGAUGAUACCCAUUGUGAACAACAGUGACUGUUUUAAAGCUUAUGGAGAGUUCAACAUAAGCAUCACAAGCAAUAUGAUUUGUUCUGGAUUGUUAAAUCAGGGAGGAAAAGGUUCAUGUCAGGGAGACUCUGGAGGUCCAAUGGUCAGUAAGAAAAACUCUCUGUGGAUUCAGUCCGGCAUUGUGAGUUUUGGUAUAGGAUGUGCUGAACCCAAAUAUCCCAGUGUGUUUGCCAGAGUCUCUCAGUACCAGAACUGGAUCAAGUCUUACAUGGGCAGCAACCCACCUGGAUUUGUUGAAUUCAAUCCAACUUCCAACUCCAACUUCAGAAGUGUACCCAACCUCCACUUAUUUUCCCUUUCUCUCACAUUCUCCACUAUUCCUUUCACCUUCUCCCUCUUUCUCUCUUCCUAAAGAUUGGUUGAACAGAAACUCUCAGGGUUCUUUGAUGAAAUGAUGAAGUAUACUGUGCAUGCUCUCAUAAUAUGAGAAAUGUGAGAAAUUAGCAGUUUAAUUCUUAUUGUUUUUACUGUCUGAGAUUCAGGUUGUUUGCAUAAAUAGUAAAGAUAGACAGCUAUUGAUGAAACAGAUUAUAUUACAGCUUAUAUGUCUGACAACCAAUAUGCAUAACCCAUAUAAGGUCUGGAGCUCUGCAGUGUGAUCAUGGAUACUGGCUGUUGUAAAUAUAAUUAUCUUAAAUUGUAGUCACACUGUCUAAACAGAAUAAACACAAAAGAAGGAACUGACCUAGGAAAUGUAUCAAACUGUCUUAAUAUUUUUGUGUAACCCCUGAUACAGUUUUUCAAGAUUCUUUGAUGAAUACAAAGUUCAAAAAUAUUGAAAAGUUUAAAAAUGUUUUGUCUUUACUGUCAGUUUUGAUCGAUUUAAUGCAUCCUCACUGAAUAAAUGUAUUAAUGUCCUCAAAAUAAAUACAUACAAAAAUCUU